UCUAUUCUGAACCCUGAGUUGAUGACGCUGUUGGGGCUGAGCUGCUGAACAUCGCUGCAAACAGUUCUGGUCUUCUGAUUGGCCACAGUGGAGAUAAGAUGGAAGACUCUUACAAGGAUAGGACUUCACUGGUGAAGGGUGCCAAGGACAUUGCCAGAGAGGUGAAGAAGCAAACAGUGAAGAAGGUGAACCAAGCAGUGGAUCGAGCCCAGGACGAGUACACCCAGAGAUCCUAUAGUCGCUUCCAGGAUGAAGAUGAGGACGAUGACUAUUACCCCCCUGGAGAAACCUAUGAUGGGGAGGCCAACGACGAUGAAGGCUCCAGCGAAGCUACUGAGGGCCACGAUGAAGAGGAUGAGAUCUACGAAGGGGAGUACCAGGGAAUCCCCAGCACGAACCAAGGGAAAGACAGCAUCGUUUCGGUAGUGCAGCCCAAACGGGAGGAGUACAAGGACCGCCGAGAGCUGGAGUCAGAGAGAAGAGCUGACGAGGAGGAGCUGGCCCAGCAGUACGAGCUGAUAAUCCAAGAGUGUGGCCACGGCCGUUUCCAGUGGGCCCUCUUCUUUGUCCUCGGUAUGGCUCUCAUGGCAGAUGGCGUGGAGGUGUUUGUCGUUGGCUUCGUGUUACCCAGCGCUGAGACAGACCUGUGCAUACCCAAUUCAGGAUCUGGAUGGCUGGGCAGCAUAGUGUACCUCGGGAUGAUGGUGGGGGCGUUCUUCUGGGGAGGACUGGCAGACAAAGUGGGAAGGAAACAGUCUCUUCUGAUUUGCAUGUCUGUCAACGGAUUCUUUGCCUUCCUUUCUUCAUUUGUCCAAGGUUAUGGCUUCUUUCUCUUCUGUCGCUUACUUUCUGGAUUCGGGAUUGGAGGAGCCAUUCCCACAGUCUUCUCCUACUUUGCUGAAGUGCUGGCCCGGGAGAAACGGGGUGAGCAUCUCAGCUGGCUCUGCAUGUUCUGGAUGAUCGGUGGCAUCUAUGCUUCUGCCAUGGCCUGGGCCAUCAUCCCACAUUAUGGGUGGAGCUUCAGCAUGGGCUCGGCUUACCAGUUUCACAGCUGGCGUGUCUUUGUCAUCGUGUGCGCACUUCCCUGUGUCUCCUCCGUGGUGGCCCUCACAUUCAUGCCAGAGAGCCCUCGGUUCUUGCUGGAGGUUGGAAAACACGACGAAGCCUGGAUGAUUCUGAAGUUAAUUCAUGACACCAACAUGAGAGCUCGGGGACAGCCUGAGAAAGUCUUCACGGUGAACAAAAUCAAAACCCCUAAGCAAAUAGAUGAGCUGAUUGAAAUUGAGAGUGACACUGGAACAUGGUACAGGAGGUGUUUCGUUCGGAUCCGCACAGAACUGUAUGGAAUCUGGUUGACUUUUAUGAGAUGUUUCAACUACCCAGUCAGGGAAAAUACAAUAAAGCUAACAAUUGUGUGGUUCACUCUGUCCUUUGGGUACUAUGGAUUAUCUGUGUGGUUCCCCGACGUCAUUAAACAUCUGCAGUCUGAUGAAUAUGCACUGCUAACUAGAAAUGUGCAAAGGGAUAAAUAUGCAAAUUUCAGUAUUAACUUCACAAUGGAAAAUCAAAUUCAUACUGGAAUGGAAUACGACAAUGGCAGAUUCCUAGGAGUAAAGUUCAAGUCCGUAACUUUCAAAGACUCCGUGUUUAAGUCCUGCACCUUUGAGGAUGUGACCUCAGUCAACACCUACUUCAAGAACUGCACCUUUAUCGACACCAUUUUCGACAACACGGAUUUUGAGCCAUAUAAAUUCAUUGACAGUGAAUUUCACAACUGCUCGUUUUUUCACAAUAAGACCGGAUGUCAGAUUACCUUUGAUGACGACUACAGUGCCUACUGGAUUUAUUUUGUCAACUUCCUGGGGACACUGGCCGUGUUGCCGGGAAACAUUGUGUCCGCUCUCCUGAUGGACAGAAUUGGGCGUUUAACCAUGCUAGGUGGCUCUAUGGUGCUUUCAGGGAUCAGCUGCUUCUUCCUUUGGUUUGGCACCAGCGAAUCUAUGAUGAUAGGCAUGCUCUGCCUGUACAAUGGAUUGACGAUCUCAGCCUGGAACUCUCUCGAUGUAGUUACUGUGGAGUUGUACCCCACAGACCGGAGAGCAACAGGCUUCGGCUUCUUGAAUGCACUCUGCAAAGCAGCGGCCGUCCUGGGAAACUUAAUAUUUGGCUCCCUGGUCAGCAUCACCAAAGCCAUCCCCAUCCUGCUGGCCUCUACUGUGCUGGUGUGUGGCGGACUCGUGGGACUGCGCCUGCCUGACACACGAACCCAGGUUCUGAUGUGAUGGAACAAAAGCCAUUCCUCUGUGUGUGUCCCUCUCCUGCCCUGAGUCACCUCUGCUCACUGGCUCAAAGCUUCUGAUUUUUUUUCCCAUACAUAGAAAGGUGUCCAAGUAUCAGAACAC